CCCACCCAGUUGACUUGGGCAGGGGGCGGGGCGGGCCGAGGCCGGCCCCUCGGAGCCGACUCCGCCCCGUCCCUCCGACAGGGAAGCGCGGAGAGUGCAGCCCAGCAGUCACAGGGUUCCCGCGCGUCCUGAGUCUCGGGCCUUGCAUACCCAGGACCCCGAAAAAUGGCUGUCAAGAAGAUCGCGAUCUUCGGCGCCACUGGCAGGACCGGGCUCACCACCAUGGCGCAGGCGGUGCAAGCAGGUUAUGAGGUGACUGUGCUGGUUCGGGACACCUCCAGGCUGCCAUCUGAGGGGCCCCAGCCGCACCACGUGGUAGUGGGUGACGUUCGGCAGGCACCUGACGUGGACAAGACCGUAGCUGGGCAGGAUGCUGUCAUCGUGCUGCUGGGCACUGGCACUGAUCUCAGUCCCACUACAGUGAUGUCUGAGGGCACCCGGAACAUUGUGGCAGCCAUGAAGGCUCAUGGAGUGGACAAGGUCGUGGCCUGCACCUCGGCCUUCCUGCUAUGGGACCCAGCCAAGGUACCCCCACAACUGCAGGACGUGACUGACGACCACAUCCGGAUGCACAAGGUGCUGAAGGAGUCAGGCCUGAAGUACGUGGCUGUGAUGCCACCGCACAUAGGGGACCAGCCGCUAACUGGGGCCUACACAGUGACCCUGGAUGGACGAGGACCCUCAAGGGUCAUCUCCAAACAUGACCUGGGCCACUUCAUGCUGCGCUGCCUCACUACUGAUGAGUACGACGGCCACAGCACCUACCCCUCCCACCAGUACGACUAGGACCCUGGCCCCAUCCAGGAGGACAGCAUUCUAGAAUACGAGGCACAAAGAAAGGAACAAUAAAACUUGAGCCAAGAGCUUGAAAUUAUUCCAGACAACCCCACAAUAGGACUCCUCCUCUCCCUGCCUUUGAGAAUUUCAGUGUCUCUGCGUACAGUGUCCUAGGUACUCAUUCAUUUGUUCAGUAAUGGUUUAUCAAGUCCCUCCUCUGUGCCCAGCCCCUGUGCUGAGAGCCCAGUGGUGACCAAAGUAGCCGGGAUUCCUGCUUUCUCUGCUGUCAUGUAUCUCAUAGAGCGUGAGAAAGACAGCCCUGCCACUGACAGUGACAACCCUGCUUGGUCAGAGCUCGGAUGCACAGAGUACAUGGAAGAGUGGCAUUCCUAAGGGGUCCCUGACCAGCUUAAAGAGCAAGAAAGGUUUUGUGGAGAGGGAUAUAUGUUCAACCUGAGACCUGGUUCCAUAAGAAUAAUCCAAGAGAAGUUUCUAGGGCAGAAGAAACAGCAGCAGCAAAGGCCAGGAGGCCAGAAAGCUCCUUAGAAGAGUCAAAAUCUGUCCCCUACAGUUAGUAAUACUGCUGUUCUGAGGUGAGAAUGGUCAGAUCUAAGAGGCUGGAUUAUGGAGGCUAAACUGUGCAAAGUCAUUGUAAAAAGUUGAAGUUUCAUUCUGAGGUUUCAUGCAGGAGAGGGGUGGGGAUACAGGUGCGUGUUUUUUAAAGCUCUCUUUGGCUACUAUGUGGAGGUGGAUCCAUAGGAGGAGGACGGUGGAGGAUGGGAGAGUUGAACCAAGGCAGGGGUGGAAGGAGCCCUCAGGAGCCUGGACGGACAGUCUGUGGAGAAGGGAGGGAGGACUACUCAGCAGGAAUUAAUCCACCCCACUUACCACCUAUUUCCCCACCUCUGUAGCCCUAAGAAAUCCUUUCCAGUUCUGCACUGCAAGCAGCAGGAUGACUUGGUUGACAAAUUCCAAGACUGGAGAACUGAUCUGAGGAGACCUAAACCUCCUCCCUUCUACAGACGUCUAGAGAAACUGCCUCCCUCUCCCCUUUGUGGACACUUCUGGAGGGGCUGGGACAUCGCUGGUGUAGUCUCUCAGGAAGCCAGCAGGAUUCUAGUCUGUGCUCCCCAUUUCUCUGUCACAUUACCCAAGCAUUUAAUGAACUUCCACUGUGUAUGAGCUCUGUGGCCUCC